AUGGCAGGCCCAGAUGGAGCAGAGGCACCACCUAUGGAUCCCCCGGCUGGGGGGCUUGAUAUGCCCUUGCAGCCGCCACCGAUCGAGGAGCCCGCUUUUCCUUUUGAGAGCGAGCUGGCAGAGGAUGAGAGAAAGCGAUGGUUGGUUCUGCAUGUGGCACUGCCACGCACCAUCAUGACCUGCGACAUGGCCCUGGGUAGAAGCACAGAGGACGAGCUGAAUGAUGCUCUAUCUAGCUUGGCUUGGGGGUCCGUCGACGAAGAAUCAGGUGAAUGGACCCUGGAGUCUCCGGAUCCAUCACUUGAGCCUCCGCACUCCUCGCUCAUCACGUACUCAGAGUACGUCGCGCGAGCAUAUCCAGCUGAUCCGACCAUGGAGGACAAGGCGCGGGAAGAGAAUCUCAAGUUGGGUGCCGGCAAGCGAUGUUGCUUCACCUGCCCUGGGGAGCCCGGCACAAAGUUCCGGCCCAUGUAUGAUCAGAUGAUCAAGAACCUUCAGCACUCCAACAAGGCCCUUGCCAAAGCCUUCGGCAUCAAGAAGGUUUCAUUGAAGGAGGACGAGGUUCCUGAGGAUCCUACAAAAACGGAGGCGCAAAACAUCAUGCGGUUCGGGCGACACCAGAUUCUUCCGUCCUUUUGGUACUUAUUGAUUCAGCUGACAAAGCGCGGCAGACGUUUCUCGGUCGUAUUCCGCUCCUUCAGCGAAGACCAGCUCGUUCAGGCACAGAAGGAGCUGCAGCUGUUCACACAGUGCCAGCACCCAGCCUACAACGGUCAGAACAAGACCCAGAAGCCUCCUCUGAUGGACGGCAACAAGGGAUCCAGAGACAUGCGCCUGUCGCAAGCAGCGAUCGGACGCAUGGAUCGGAUGGGUGGCUUCCUCCGCUUCAGGGACCGUCCUGUAGAGUUGGCAGAGGUGGCCGAGUCAGCGGAGCCCCAGGCAGACUUGCCGGAAUCGGCUUUCAGGCCUACGGAGUACACGUUUCCACCGUACCACGAAGCGUACGCCGGUCUGAUGCACCAGAUUCUACAAACAACCAACACAGCUGCGAUCGUGGAUGAUCUCGCGUUUUGGGAGACCCACGAACGCGUAAGCACAGCUGGGAAGAUGCUGCUGAUAGAUCGUGCUGAGACAAAGGUCCAGCACAUUUUCUUCGACGGCAACGUCGAGAAGGAGGAUGCCGCUUGUGUCGAUGUUCGAAAUGCUGUGAAUGGAGAGCCGAUUCCGUUGGAGAAGUCUUCAAACGUGUACUUGCAUCGUGUUGACUUCUUCCAGGCAGUGACUGAUGUUGAAUAUUUCCUCAAGGCGACGGAGGCAUGUGAGCUUAGCAUGUCCAAGAUGAUCGUGGAGGACAGACACGCAGAAGGCGUGGUCAGGGCGCUUUCCGAGGAGGAGCAGAAAAAAGCCGCGGCAGCUGCGGCUGCCAUGACUCCCAAGGAGUGGCUCUACCGCAACAUCAUUCCGGCCCUCCUGCCCGCACUAGAGGCGUUGGGUCGAGAUCCACCGGCCAGCCUUUCCACCUGUUGCAGUCAAUGCAGCACUCCGUUUUUUCGGGAAGUAGGCUGUGCUCAUUCCAUCUCAUUCCUGCCUGUGAACAUCUGCACAUCCAAGGACAGCUAG